AUGCAGUCGGCUGCAGAGGCUGAGGCAGCCCCUGUCUCGACAGCCGAAGGCCAAUCGAAGGAGACUCCUUCAGACGGUGCAGUUCCCACCAUUGCCACCGCUGGCGAAGACAAGGCGGAAGCAUCAGCUGCGGGUUCAGCUUCGACCAAGGUGGAGGAGAAGGUAUCGCCCAGCGAAGCAGAUCCGCGCGGGGGAGACAGCGCUGGUACAAAGGAGGCGGGUGCAUCAAUCACGGGAUCAGCAGCGAGCGAGGUGGAGAAGGUCCAAGUACCCACUCCAGUCUUGGCAGCAAGCGGCGGCGCACAGGUAGCCGCUGUCACCACUGCCAGUGCUUCUCCCGCCGCUGCCAUGCAGUCGGCUGCAGAGGCUGAGGCAGCCCCUGUCUCGACAGCCGAAGGCCAAUCGAAGGAGACUCCUUCAGACGGUGCAGUUCCCACCAUUGCCACCGCUGGCGAAGACAAGGCGGAAGCAUCAGCUGCGGGUUCAGCUUCGACCAAGGUGGAGGAGAAGGCCCGAUGCAAAGCUGGCGAUGAGGAAGGCUCCUUCUAG